AUGGGACAGCGAGUUACUAAAGUCAGUCCGAUGAUUGUUGGCGAGGUGUACGAACAACAUCUUAGUACACCCCCAACACCCAGCACCAACAGGGCGGUUCACCAUCCUCAUCCUCGCGAUGAGACCCCUGUUGGUGCUGGAGGAGGAGGUGGAGGAGAGGAGGAAGGAGAGAGCAGCUCAGGUCAGGGAGCGGUGGAGCAGCAGCAGGAUGAGAGAGAGAAGAGAAAGGUGGCCUGGGGUGGAAGAAGUAGUGAUGACUACAUCUUCAGCCGCUACACCGUUGGCGAUCAGCUGGGGAAAGGUGGAUCCGGCGUGGUGUACGAAGGGAGACGUUUGGAUGAUGAUCUUAAAGUGGCUUUAAAAUAUGUCACGAAGACCGAGAACACGGAAUGUAUUUUCAUUCCUGAUCAUCCAAACCCCCUUCCAAAAGAAAUUGCCCUCACCAUCCUGGCAAACAGAGGUCCCAGCGUGCCAGAGAUCAUCAGGCUGCUGGACUGGACGGACCACCCUGACCACUUCGUAAUGGUCCUCGAAUGUCCCUCUCCCUGUGAGAAUCUUCAUCAGUUCAUCAGGCGUCACGGUGGAAGCCUCGACGAAGAAACAACAAGGCAGAUCAUGAGGCAGGCAGCUCACGCUGCAAACAUGUGCUGCCUCCGCAGAGUGCUCCACCGUGACGUCAAACUGCAGAACUUGCUGAUAAACAGGGAGACAUCCGAAGUCAAGCUGAUUGACUUCGGAUGCGGGGACAUUCUGAGGAGGACACCGUACAGGUCAUACAGCGGCACAGCAGCGUACUCCCCUCCAGAGUACCACAGCAGGGGGAAGUACUACGGCGGGCCAGCGACGGUCUGGUCUCUGGGAAUUCUGAUGUUCACAUUGUUAUGUGGACGUUUCCCAUGUGACUACGACCUGUUCCUGCUUCAGUACAAGCAGAGGUCCAAACCCGGCCUGUCGAAAGAAUGCUGUGACCUCCUCAGGCGUCUCCUCCAUGAAAAGCCAAGUCGGCGACUUGGCCUGGGGCAAAUUAUGUCCCACAACUGGUUUAAGGUAGUUAACCUGAGAUAA